AACAAAAAGAUAGAUAAAGAAAUUGAUAGAAAGGAAUAAGCUGUCUCUAGUUUAGAUUCCCUUAAGUAUUUUUCUGCGCAUAACAUAUCUGUGACCAUUUGACAUUAAAGACACAGAUGACACGCUCGAUCGUGCGCAUUUAUAUAAAUUGCUGCUCCAAAGCUUCAUUAUUCAGUUGGGCAUCGAAGACUUCGGUUUGGCUUCGUGGAAGAACAUAUUAAUCUACGCAUGAAAAUAUGUUCCGGCAAAAUUUCCAUGUCAUGUUGACUUUUGUGUUGCUACUAUACCUGAGGCUGUUUUUGGAGGCUCACGCUGUUUCUGACGUUUGCAACUUAUGUAGAUGUAAUGAUGAUACUACGCGUAUAACUUGUAGAUAUCUCAAUUUGACUUCUGUUCCACAGAAUAUUCCCCACGAUGUUAAAUAUUUAGAUCUAUCCUAUAAUAAAAUAUCGAAUAUUGGAAAAGAAUCCUUCAAAAAUCUUUCCAGUUUAGAGGAGUUAGUACUAUCCCGUAAUGAGAUCUCAGAAAUUGAACAUGGCUGCUUUGAUGAUCUUCCCAAGUUACGCAUUUUAGAUUUAUCCCAUAAUCAGAUCUCAAAUACUGAACAAGGAUACUUCGGAAAACUUACCAGUUUACAAACUCUAAAUCUACGAUAUAAUGUCAUCUCGCAAAUUAAGCAAAGGUCCUUCGAGAACCUUCCUAGUUUACGCAGCAUAAGUCUACAAAGUAAUAAUAUCUCGAAGAUUGAACAAGCGUCCUUUGAAGACCUUCCUAGUUUACGCAGCAUAAUUUUUAGUGUAAACCGAAUACAAAAGUAUGAGGAUGGCGCUUUCUUAUUCCUUCCCAGUAUAAAGAAGAUUCUCCUCUAUGGUCCAUACACGUCUUCCAUCGGUGUUGCAGUGUUGCAGUGCUUGGAUUCCCGUGGUAUAGAAGCUCCUAUCCUGACAUUCACAAAGUCCUCGACAGCAGAUAUGACCUUAUCAUUGGUCUGA